CUUGCCUUUUUCCUUCAGAUACUGGAUCAUUCGAUGGCACUCGGUUGCUCUGGAAUGUCCCUCGGUUUCUACCUGCUCUGGUUGGGGAGGGAGCAGGAUUAAAAAGUCAGAGUUUCAGUUUGGGUCUGGAUGGUUCCCUGCUGGAUGAGGCCACUGCUGCCUCCAAAGGCCUCAGUCUGGUUCACCAAGAGGGAAUGAUAGAGAUUGGAGUUCCUUUUGGGUCAGAAGGAGGGUUCAGGAAGAGUUUGGUGUUGGAAAAUCUGUACCAGGAGUUCUACACGGUCCUCCUGAUGUAUGAACAUGUCUUCUCUCUGAUCUUUGACGACGGCCACAGCAUUGACACCAAACACAGAACCUUCAAAGUGCUUGAGACGCCGCUGGUCUGUAGGCAACCUUUCUGCCUCAACCAGACAAUUGGUGAUCAGGAGUUCACAGUCUAUCUGGGGAACAUUCCAGCAGAUGUCCUCUUGGAGGAAAUCUGGAUUAAUGGACAGCGGUUGCUGAUCUUGGGGAAGCCACAGCGAGGCCUCAGCAUCAGUCCGGUUGUCCAUGCCAACGGCAGCCAGGCCUACCAGCUGCGUCUACCCUUCGACGAUCCUGUUGUGCAGUGGACGAAUAUGGGUGGAGGUGUAGUGGAGUACUCUAUAGACCUAAACGUCACUUUAACCAUUGUGCCUCAGAGGGAGUCCUACUACUACCAGAACGUCAUUACAGCACGAGUUUUUAAUGAAUUCCCACCAGAGAUAACUGCUCAGUGUUACGAUGGAGGAAUCUCCUUCAGCAUAGCCAGACAGUCUCGGAGUCUCUGGGAGGUCGGCGUCGGCCAUGAGCCUCUGACGGAGCAGCUGGUGGCCCAGAGAGGUUACCGCCUCCAUAAUGACAGCAUCAGAACUAUCCUGGACAUCCCAGUUUUUUCCAUCGGCUACACUUAUGAGGACAUCAACUUGUCAAACUUUUAUGCAACAUUUAAGUUGCUUUUAAGAGACUCCAAAACUCUGGAGGUCCAGGCAUCCACAUCAAAGCGCUGCCUUUUCAGAACGCAGAACAUGAUAGUUUGCUCUGCAGACGGCACCAUGACUGUGGUGGCAACGCCGACCUCCACGUGGCCAAUGGUGAAACCUGAAAGAACCAGUCUUCUGGACCCUACCUGCAAACCAAAACAAGCUGAUGGAUCCAAAGUCCUGUUUGAGUUCAAGGUGAACUCCUGUGGAACCAGAGCAACGGUUGGAGAGUGGUACAUGGUUUACGAGAACGAGAUAGUCCAUGAUCGACUCCUGAUUGCAGAUGGGCCGAACUUCAUCUCCAGAGAACCUCAGUUCAAGGUGACGGUGAGAUGCUUCUAUCCUAUGAGUGCAGUCAACAGAAUUUCUGUAGACCGGACCUUUUCCUCAGCAACUCCUGGAUUCGGAUCAAUGAGAGUCUUUGAGAGCAAAAGAGCAGAUUCAAAUAAAAAAUGUCAGCAGUCAGAGAGCAUCAAUGCCCCAUUGAGUACGCUCCGCUUACAGCCAUCUACAGUGGGAACUCUGCCCCGACCAGGAAAGAGCCAAUUCAUCCCAGUAUCAGGAGGACAAAAACAGCUGCUCUCAUCCUUAAAUAAGGACCAUUCUUCAGAGACACCAAUCCUGCAAGUCCCUCAGUUUUAUCCUUUAACCGAUGUGGAAGACCCAAGCGCACCACCAGAGAGCUCCGAAGGACUGGCCAGGGAAACGCCAGGACCAGGCGGAGAAUACUCCCCUUCAGGCCCAUUUGACAGGAUUCCCCACCGUCCAAUCAGUGAAAACCAGGGAAGCUCAAGUUCCCUUUUCGGGUCUCGAGUCUGGGACAAAAUGGACCAGGGUCAGUCCAUUAUUGAUGAAAGUGAGAUUCUUCAGAGUCUUCCAUCUGAUCUAUUAUUUGGCAUGGCAGACUCAAAGCCCAAUUUUAACCUCUAUUGGUCCCCCGGCGCUGGAAUGGAGGUCGAUGAGGUCAACAACCCAGUUUACCAACAUCAGUAUCACAACAGGCCAACUCAAACCACUCACUACCCAACGUUGGUCCAACCACAGGAACACAUUGGGAAUUAUUUCUUUCAGACUGGCAAAGAGAAAACAUUGGAUCCUGCUGCUGGUAGGACUGCGGUCCCUGAGCAGAGUGACCUGCUGCAGGAGUUCUUCUACGGCAAACAGACCAGUGCACCCAUCCAAGAAGUCCCAAACGUACAAAGAGUUGGACAAGUGGAAACAAAUCUCCAGUCCAGAGGGCAGAGCAUCAGAGUUAAACCUCCCAGCAAGUUUGUCUCUUCUGGGCUUCGUCUCAAUCAAAAACCCAUCAUCCAACAGAUUAACUCCAAAAACCUUAAUCUGGCCCAGUAUGGAGCGACACUUUUGAGUGGCGAGGCAAACACGUGGGCCUCUAAACAAACUGAGAAUGAAGAGUCCAAACCAAGAGAGAGUCUUUCAGAGAAACCAGAACCGGUUCUCCAGACUACAGUCUAUCAGUCUUUGGUCAACCUAACCUUUCCCUCAAUCAAAGAGGCGGCGCACCAGAGCCGGCCGGAUCCCCAGUUCUCUUUCCAGGCGGCGCACCAGAGCCGGCCGGAUCCCCAGUACUCUGUCCAGGCGGGACACCAGAGCCUGCCGGAUCCCCAGUUCUCUGUCCAGGCGGCGCACCAGAGCCCGCCGGAUCCCCAGUUCUCUGUCCAGGCGGCGCACCAGAGCCUGCCGGAUCCCCAGUUCUCUGUCCAGGCGGCGCACCAGAGCCUGCCGGAUCCCCAGUUCUCUGUCCAGGCGGCGCACCAGAGCCCGCCGGAUCCCCAGUUCUCUGUCCAGGCGGCGCACCAGAGCCCGCUGGAUCCCCAGUACUCUGUCCAGGCGGGACACCAGAGCCCGCUGGAUCCCCAGUACUCUGUCCAGGCGGGACACCAGAGCCUGCCGGAUCCCCAGUACUCUGUCCAGGCGGGGCACCAGAGCCUGCCGGAUCCCCAGUACUCUGUCCAGGCGGGGCACCAGAGCCUGCCGGAUCCCCAGUACUCUGUCCAGGCGGGGCACCAGAGCCUGCCGGAUCCCCAGUACUCUGUCCAGGCGGGGCACCAGAGCCUGCCGGAUCCCCAGUACUCUGUCCAGGCGGGGCACCAGAGCCUGCCGGAUCCCCAGUACUCUGUCCAGGCGGGGCACCAGAGCCUGCCGGAUCCCCAGUACUCUGUCCAGGCGGGGCACCAGAGCCUGCCGGAUCCCCAGUACUCUGUCCAGGCGGGGCACCAGAGCCCGCCGGAGCCCCACUUCUCUGUCCAGGAGGGGCAGCAGCAACAGACAGAGCAAGGGCUAAUGUCUUUAUGGGCUGAGACAAAUGAUCCGAGAGAGAAAUCCAGUUCAUCUGGACCCAUUCGUCAAACAUCAGGACUUUCCCUAAUCAGAGUGAAACCAGUCGGUCUGGCAGCAAGACUCCAGACUUGGGACCAGUCUGAGUCCUUACAGAACCAGGAGCCUUCAGCGGAGGGAGACAGCAGAAGGUUCUACCAGAACUUCGAACCCCAGAACCCUGACCAGGCUAAUACUGGAGUCCAACGCCCAACUUCAGGAAAAGUCGGUGAUCUUCAAACGGACCCAAAUAGCUCUGAUUCCAAAUUAAUUAUCCACGGUGCCUGUGGUGGUGAAUCGGAUCUGUAUGGAACCAGUGUUAGCGAAGGAAUCGUCAGAGGUACAAGCCCACUUCCACCCUGUUGGUAACUAACCCUGUUGGUUGCCAUGGUAAUGCGACUAAACCAGAACCCCUAAAUAAACCGGCUUCAUUCUACUGAACGGAACCAGACUUGAUUAUAGGAUGGGAAACACUUUAUUUCUAGAGUUUGGA